UUUGAUUUCAUCAAUGGCAGAUCAUCAAGAAUUACUCGACGAUAUCAUCUACUUUGCUCGUGCUGGAGAGCUAGAAGAUCUCAAGCAAUGUAAAACAGAACCUAAUAUGUUGGUUGAAAAGGACGAUACAGGCAAAACUGCACUUCAUAUGGCAAGUGCCAAUAAUCACCUGGACAUUGUAAAGUACAUUAUUGAACAAAUCUCAAGCUUACAAGAGAAGAAAAAGCUGAUCAACGUACAAAACGAAGAAGGAAAUACACCACUUCACUGGGCAGCACUCAACGGCCACUAUGAAGUGGUUGAAGCCUUAGUGAACGCCGGCGCUGACUGCACAGUUAAAAAUGCCAUGAACCAUUCACCUAUCUAUGAAGCACAGCAAAGAAACCAUGAAAAGAUUGCUGAAUUCUUCUUGACUACAAUGACCGAAGAGGAACCAUCAGAAAGUGUUGCUGAAGAUCAACAAUUUGUAGAAACUGGCGUUCAGCCCUUAAAAAAGGCUGUUGAAGAAGAUUAAUAAAAAGGGAGAGAGCUCAUUUAUGAAUUUCAUUAUGAUGAUAAAGGGGGGUGAUUGAUUACGACCUUGUAUAUUAGAUGAUUUCUUUUGUCAAUAUUAGUCAAUAGUUGAUGGGUCAGUAAAACUCUCGUAAGGAUCUGUCGUAUUCCACGUU